AUGGCGACGAAUCAUGCUACAGUCGAAAAACAACGUCUCGUAGAAGAAUUGCAUGCUCCGGCAAGAAGAAAUUUUCCUCGUAGACGCGUUAUCGUACGCAAGUACGACGAUCUCUGGCAAGCAGAUGUGGUAGAAAUGCGUCCGUAUUCCCGCUUAAACAGAGGCUACCACUACAUACUUACGGUUAUCGAUGUGCUGAGCAAGUAUGCGUGGGCUAUACCGCUUAAGAAUUUACAGACAUUGAUAAACAAGCAUAGCAUCAAUCAUUAUUCCACAUAUUCGGUUAUGAAGGCUUUGAUUGUGGAACGAUUCAACCGCACUUUGAAGAACGACAUGUGGAAACAAUUUACACUUAAUGGAUCCUACAAAUGGAUCGACAUACUACCGCGUCUCCUUAUGGAGUACAACGCGAGAAAACAUCGAACUAUCGGUAUGCGACCUAUCGAUGUUACCCCCGCAAUCGCCGAUAAGCUCUUAACCACAGUGUACAGCAACGUCAAGGUCGCAGGACCAGCACGAUUCAAAGUGGGUGAUCCAGUACGCGUGAGCAAAUUUAAAACCUUAUUCGAUAAAGUAUAUACACCAAACUGGACGACUGAAGUAUUUAACAUCAGUAAAAUACAAACGACCUAUCCCGUGACGUAUCUGCUUGAGGAUUCACGUAGACAAUUUGUUGCUGAAGGAUUCUACGAACACGAACUACAUCGCGUUGCAAAUCCAGAAGUGUAUCUCGUUGAAAAAGUGUUGCGCAAGAAAGGCGACAAGGUUUAUGUAAAGUGGCUGGGAUUAGACAAAUCACACAACUCUUGGAUAAAUAAAACUAAUGUAUUGUAA